GAUAAUUAACAUUUUCCAUACAAACGUCGAUCUUUCAUUUCGAUCCGUACGUGAGAAAAUGUGGACAUUUGUCAACAACAAACUUCUGGAGAGCUGCGUGGUGAAACAUUGCUCAUGGUUCUUUAUUUAAUCGAUCUCGGCGAGGGCAUGUGCGAAGAAAGAGGCAUUAAAAUGCAUCGAACGCGCCGCAAAACUCUGGAGAUAGUAUCUUGUCGUUGCUACUGUUUCAGAGAUUCUGCUUUCUUGGUUUUAAAAUUCAAAGCCAAAACAUGAAACAGGUCUGAGCGCUAGUAAGAUUUUUACACACCCCAGCACUGAAAUUAUUUAUGGCGUACGGAGAAUCCGAACUGCCGGCUAUCAAAAUGCAAUUAAAAAUGUAGAAAAUGUACGAAAUGCCCCAAGUGAGCCGAAUAAAAGAAAGAAAGGCCAACGUUCCCCGGGUAACCGGAAUUUAAUGGUUUCGGGCCAGCCCACGAAUGCCCCAAAUGUGUCACAAAUUUUAAAAAUCUUAAAUCAUAUGCCGCGGGUAGUUGUCCUGCAUUUGGAUUGCACAAAAAAACCGAACAGGCCAAGCCAAAGUCACGCGAAAUUGUCAAUAGAUGUCCCACAAGGGACCGCCUGGAAACCAAGCCUACAGAGACAAUAGGAUGACUCCCCCAGGUCCUAUUUCAACAGCUUGAACUGCUCUGGUUCUUCAAUUUUUCCGGUUAGGACAAUUAGACAGUCCUUUGUCGGGUGGAUGCCCAGGCUUCAGCUGUCGCGUUCAGAGUUUACAGAGUCUUUUGUUGCCUCGUGUUGCUCGUCAAUUGGCACUUAAAUAGCUGAAGUAAGGGUAUCUAAGCAGGACAUUAGAGUACGGUAGGGAUACCCCACUCCCUAGGUGCAACCACCGGAGGUCGCACCAUCCAUAACAAAUAAAGAACGAUCGCUAAAGCGGGAGGAAUCGAUUCAUUUGGAGAGGCGUGGCUCUUUGCGGUACGUGCUCGAAAAAUUGGUGAAUUUGCCAUGUGCUCCAGGGGAAAAUUAUAUAUUUAAUCAUUCUGUGCCACCAUAUGGCCUAGAAUGUAGCAGGGUAGUUUCUGGCUUUGGCAGCGGAAUAUGUUUUCAAACAGCAAUAUUCAAAUCCAGCACAUAAAAAUAUAUGAUAAAUGACAAAGCCAGAUAAUAUAAUAAUUUAUCUGUGGCCUUUGGAGGCUUUUGCUUUGUGGCUGUGAACUGGUAGAGGUCCUUUACCUUGACACUGAACCGGCUCAGCCCGAAAGUGCACUCCGGCACAGUAUUUUGGGAAAUUUUUUCUGCGCAAGCGCCAAAAAUGUCCCGAAAUAUUCCUCAGUUUCUACUACUCCGUCUGGUCACCAUUUGCAGUCAAGUUUUCUCCUUGGCCAGCUACGUUUGUCGCAUUUUUUGACGCCGUAUUAACUAUUUUUGAUACUUGUGCAUUUUUGCCAUAGUUACCAAAACGACACAGGAUGUGAUAAGCAGCAGAGCGGAGAGCAAAGACCGAACAAGGUUAUCACUCCCCAGCGAUACGGAGAUGUUUACGACUACCACUGCACCCCAGGAUCUGGAUCAGGAGCAAUAGGACCAAGUGCAGGAUCUCGCUCGCCUCAUCAACAGAUCUACAGCAACCAAAGAAUUUACCAGAACCUUUCCACAAUGGCCUCAAAUCCGAAUGGCAGCGAGUUCGAAACCUACGACAUCCCCAAGCCUGCCACGCCAGUUGCACUCUCCCAUCCGCGGACUCCCACCUUCGGAUCCUGCAACUCCAGCCUCGGUAGCCGGUUCGAGUCCCUCAAGAGCGUUACCGCCUCCAUCGAGGAAGAGUCGUACGAUGUGCCCCGGCCCUUGUCGCACCAGCAGCAGCCGAUCUCCCACAUGACACCCAGCAGCUCCUCCUCAUCGUUGCUGACCAGCGAUAGUCUCUCAUUGAGCUUUUCCAGUUCCAAUCGCUCUUCACUGGCCAAUAUGCCUGACUACGACAUCCCACGUCGGAACCCUCUGCCCGUGCGCCGCCCAGUCUAUGACGUUUCCUUGCCGCCUCUUCAGGAACAGGAACAGAGAAUGGGCGUACCAGCGCAUCAGAGCCAGAGCAUCCCCGCCUCAAUCGAUGCCAAAAUUCCCAAGGAGCUGCCUCUGGAGCUAAGCUCUGCUCUCGAGACGUUAGCGAGACUGCAGGCUCAGACGACCGCCGCUAUUGGCCGUCUGCUCAGUUUUGUGGUGCCCAACUGGCGUAACCGGGGUAAAUUGGAGCCGAACGUCAUGGAGCUGAAGUUGGCGGCACUGCGUCUACGUACUGCCCUGCAUGAUCUGGCGGAGUUCGGCGAGGGAGCCCUGGGAAACGCGACACGAUCCGAGGACCGCGGAUUGGCACUCAAGCUGCGGCCACUGGUACGGGCUCUUCGAGACGCCAAUAAGUUGAUCCACGACUCCUCUGAAACUUUGGACGCGCAAGGGGGUUGGUCCGUGGAGCUGCUGGCACGCAGUGAUGAAAAGCAUGGCUGUCGUCCACCGGAUGCUUUGGACCAGUUGAUGGCCUGCGCUCAAACCCUUACCGAAGACGUGCGCUCAACAACCAGUUUCAUACAGGGAAACGCUUCUCUGCUUUUCAAGCGCCAAUUGCAAACAGAACACAACGGAAGCACUUCUAUCCCAGUGGACGGCGGUCAGGGCAGCGCCGAGUGGCUGGAGGACUAUGAUUAUGUUUCCUUUGAGUCAAAGGACGCUGCGGCUAGAAAAAACCAAGCUCUGCGUGAGGCCAUUCCAGCUAGCCUGAAGACGCAGUUCGACACUGUAAUACGCUCGGCGGAAAGCGCGGCCAUGGGCGUCGGUUCAGGUGCCAGUUCCAGUUCCGGAUCUAUGGCCAACCCUCCCACAGCUGAGCUGGCCAUUACGCCUUGCAAGUCUCCCGAGAUGACCGACAAAGACAAAAAGCUGGUACGCUACUACGCGCAGCAGAUCUCUACGCACAUGGGCAACUUAAUGCAGGCGAUCGAUUCCUUCCUAGAAACCGUGGAGAAGAAUCAGCCUCCAAAGUUUUUCAUCGCCUAUGGGAAAUUCGUUGUUGUGAGUGCCCAUAACCUGGUGACCAUCGGGGACAACGUGCACCGCAACAUUUCGAAGGAGGCGCUGCGCGAGAAGAUACUGCGGUGCACCAAUGGACUGUCGGAGGCCCUUAAAACCUGUGUCUCCAAAUCGAAGCGGGCGGCCGCUCACUUCCCGAGCGGAAGUGCUGUCCAGGAGAUGGUGGAUUCCGUGGUGCAGAUCAACAGUCUGGCUCGCGAGCUCAAGACAGUAAUGCUUCAGGCGGUUCACCUAUCGGCUGUAGUGGGAGUGGGUGCCUGAAUGCUUUGUGACCCAUGCCAUCGGGAACAGUAUUAGCAGCACAAUUCCAGCUGUCCAACGAUCGUAGAUGAGUCUUCCCGCCCGCGUCGCCAUGUUCCUUACACUUCGUCUCCGCUUAUAUCUGAAGCCGGCAUAUCUCCAGCAGACAGCGUUGAUGUCGCUUUUAAUUUGCAUGUGAUAUUUUAAGCAAAGCAUCUGAGUAUGGAAAGCACCAGUCCUCGAUCGACCGUUCCAGCCCAACCGUUCUGGGGAGGUUGAGAUCUGGAUGCUCCAACCAUCAGAGACAGUCGCCUCAUCUAAGUUUCGAUUUUGUACAUAGUAUACCAGUAGCCCUAGCGCUUACCGUUUGUAAAUUUACAUUCAUUACAUCCUCCGCCCUGCAUGGCUGAUAAGUGUAUCAGUGACGUAUUUCCACAUAGUAGCCGCCGCAAAGCUGCGCCGACGCAUUAGCUAGAAUCUGAAAGAUUUAGAAUCCGACAGCUUGCAUUGCACCUACAGAUAGUCAAAAAUGUGCGAAAGUUCAUACAUAUACACACUACCCUUUAACAAUAAGCGAACUGUAACAUUAUAUA